GAGAUGAAGCUCAGCGCGACGCGCCCACGCGCGCACGGAGAACCGAUCAGAGCAACACUGGCGAUGAGAUGAAGCGAGCUCACAUGAGAACAGAAAGCUGUGUCCUUCUGGAGCCGCUGCUCGUCUGGAUCCAUGUGCUGAAACACUGAUCUGCUCUGAGGUUUACUGGAGAUUAAUAUCGGACACACCUGCGCGCGCGAACAGGUUUUCUGAUGGCUCUGCUCGUCCUGCUGCUGCUGCUGGGCUCGGCGUCGGGUUCGGCCCCGGGGCCACAGUGGCCCCUUCAGCGUGUGCCUGUGGUUUGGCCCCAGCGGACGGAGGAGCGGCCAGCACCUCACUUCCUGCGGCCCGCUCAGCUGGAGCUCAACUCUUCCUGCGGCCCCGAGUGCCACAAGCGGGCCCCUGCGCCCAGCUACUGGGACCUGCGCCAGUUCCUGUCCUAUGAAACGCUGCACUCCAGCGGCCAGCUGACAGAGACGGCAGUGGGCAUCUACGGAUUCGACGCCGAGGCCUUCUACAAGCCCCCCGCUGGCCGCUCCAGAAGCAGACGCCAGAUCUUCGGUCCAGACAGCCGCUUCAGUAUCGUCGGCCAGGACUUCCUCCUGAACUACCCCUUCUCCACCGCCGUCAAGCUGUCCACCGGAUGCUCGGGGACGCUGGUGGGGGACCAGCACGUCCUCACAGCAGCACAUUGCAUUCACGACGGAAAGAACUACGUCAAAGGAGCCCAGAGGCUGAGAGUGGGCUUCCUGAAGCCGCGGCAGAAAGAGACAUAUGGCAGAAACGGCACUGGACCGGGCAAGAUGAAGUUCCAGUGGAUCCGAGUCAAGCGCACACACGUGCCCAAGGGCUGGAUCACCAACACUGGCUCGGCCAACGACAUCGGCAUGGAUUACGACUACGCUCUGCUGGAGCUCAAGAAGGCCCACAAGCGGAGGCACAUGAAGCUGGGCAUCAGUCCCGCGGCCAAGCAGCUCCCUGGGAAGCGGGUGCAGUUCUCCGGGUUCGAUAACGACCGGCCGGGUCAGCUGGUGUACCGCUUCUGUGAGGCCGGGGAUGAAACCUACGACCUCCUGUACCAGCGCUGCGAUGCUCAGCCGGGCGCCAGUGGCUCCGGGGUCUACACCCGCAUGUGGAACCGCAGACGUCGGCGCUGGGAGCGCAAGGUCAUCGGGAUCUUCUCCGGACACCAGUGGGUGGACCUCAGCGGCACGCCUCAUGAGUUCAAUGUGGCAGUGCGCAUCACUCCGCUGAAAUUCGCCCAGAUCUGCUACUGGAUCAAGGGAAACUAUGUGGACUGCAGAGAAGGCUGAGUAGCAGCAGAGCGCUUUGCUUUCUCUCCAUUAGCACAUAAGAUACUCUCUAUUAUUUCAUGCAGAAAAGUUGCACAGUCCAGAAUAUGCAUCAAUAACUAAUUAACUCCUACAUUCUUUGUUUUUUAACACUUGUUUAGCCUUGUGAAAAGAAUGGAGCCAAAUCAGUGCCACAGAUACUUGCAAAAGAACUGAAGUAUUGCAAAAGAAAAUGAAAGUAUUGAGAAAAAAUUGUUUUGCAAAAAAAAAAAAAAAAAAAGAGAAGAAUUGCAAAAUAUAAAUGAAACAGAGCAAAAGCAAUGAUUUUGCAACACAUAUUUUCCAUGGCCAUAGCUACUCAUUUAUUUGCAAAGCUGCUUUUAUUUUGAAUUUCUUUUUCCCACCCCCAUGUCAAAACAAUGCCAGAAAGUGAAACGCGCAGAAACGUGAAGCGCAAAAGCUGUAUUCUUUGUUUUGGUUCACAAAACAUCUUUUUCUUUUGCAAUUUUUUGUUUUUGUUUGGGAAAAGCACAUUUAUUGUUUCCGUAAUACUUUAUUUUACUUUGCAAUACUUCAAUUCUUUUGCAAGUGUAUGUGGCAUUGAUUUAACUCCAUACAAAAGUAUUAAGUAAGGUUCUCAACUGACAGCCAUUCUAUCGUAGCACAUAUUGUUAUAAUAUAGUAGAGGUUUUAGGAGUGCCUGAUUUUUAUUUUCCGUCUGCUGCCUUUGAUUUCACGGCUCAGGACAGUCGCCGGUGAAGGACUGGAGACAGAAAGGCACGGACAUCAGCUUGUUCUGUUCGUAGCACUGGUGCUGUUUCUGUUUUCUCUAAUGUACUGAAGUGUGAGGUGCUUGCUUGUGUGGAAAUUGAGAACUACUGUAUGACAUUCUGCUUUUACAGGUGUGUGCUUCCCUCUAGUGGUCAGAGGCUGUUCAUCAGAGGUCCACAUACAAACACACUGUAAAUCAAAAACAUAAGUGGAUAUCAGCUCCCGAUGGGCACUUUGAUGUUUAUUCAUUCAAUGGCACUAAUCAUUUGGAGAAUUUUAAUGCCCUUUGUUAUGCACAACACAUUAAAAGCUUUUGCAAAAAAUAAAA